AAGCUUCAAAGAAUUGCUUUUGGUGUUUGUAAGGGAAUGGCCUAUCUUGCCUCUAAGAAGAUAGUUCACAAGAGACUUGCUGCUCGAAACGUUCUGCUGACGUUCAUCUUGGAAGCUAAAGUCAGUGGUUUUGGACCAUCAAAAACUGAAAUGAAUGACGAUUCGGACAAAGAACGUAUCCCGAUGAAAUGGACAGCGCCCGAGUGUAUGACGUCAUUGAGGAACGCUAAUGAGAAAAGCGAUGCUUGGUCGUUUGGUGUUGUUCUUUGGGAGAUCUUCAGUCUGGGUGAAACACCAUACAGUGAUAUUCGUAGCCGGGAAGUUGAAGAGAAGAUACGUAGUGGUUAUCGAAUGUCUAUGCCCGAAUAUUCUGACGUCUUGUAUCAAGGGAUAAUAAGAAGCUGUUGGGAAGAUAACCCCAAGAAAAGACCCAACUUCCAGAAGAUGGUAGCUAAGAUCGCCACCUCAUUCUUCUCCCAAACUGGGGACGAUUAUUACUAUUAUAAUUAG